GUCCCAUCUUCGUGAGGGAAGAUUUUCUUUCUUGGUGUCAACCUCGCCGGAAAGCUUCGUCCAGACUGAUUGCGGUCUAAGCUUCCCUCAAGCCAUGGAGGGCCAGGACUACUACCCGAAGGCACCGCCUUCGGACAACAGAGAUGAUACCGACAGCACAGCUACGGUGAUGGGUGAUGAGUCGGCGCCUACCCCCCGCCCUGCCAACGUCAGCCGCGCCGAAGACUGGAGCCUGAUGCCACAAGUCAAACAGCAACAUGAACGAGACGUGGCAUCUGGUUUCAAGGGUCGUGAACUCGGCGUCACCUGGAAAAAUGUCAACGUCGAAGUGGUUAGUUCCGAGGCCGCCGUCAACGAAAACUUCUUAUCCCAGUUCAACAUCCCCCAGAAGAUCAAAGAUGGUCGUAACAAACCGCCACUCCGCUCGAUUCUUCAGAACAGCCAUGGCUGCGUGAAACCGGGGGAGAUGCUCCUCGUGUUAGGUCGGCCAGGCUCAGGUUGCACGACGCUACUCAAGAUGCUCGCAAAUCGACGACUCGGGUAUAAAUCGGUGGAGGGUGACGUCCGCUUUGGCUCGCUCACUCAUAAAGAAGCCGAUCGUUAUUGUGGCCAAAUUGUCAUGAAUACGGAAGAAGAACUGUUCUUCCCCACCCUAACAGUUGGUCAGACAAUGGACUUCGCAACCCGGCUCAAGAUUCCUUUCAAUCUGCCCAAAGGCGUCGAGUCAGCGGAAGCGUAUCGCCUGGAAAUGAAAAAGUUCUUGCUGGAAGCCAUGGGAAUCUCGCACACAAACGAUACGAAGGUCGGUAACGAGUAUGUUCGAGGUGUUUCCGGUGGUGAACGCAAACGUGUCUCGAUCAUAGAAUGUAUGGCCUCUCGUGGGUCAGUAUUCUGCUGGGAUAACAGUACACGUGGUUUAGACGCCAGCACUGCUCUCGAAUGGGCCAAAGCCAUUCGGGCCUUGACAGAUGUUAUGGGCCUGUCGACUAUUGUCACGCUUUACCAGGCGGGCAAUGGAAUCUAUGACUUGUUCGAUAAGGUACUGGUUUUGGAUGAAGGCAAGCAGGUUUACUACGGGCCUAUGUCCCAGGCAAGGCCCUUCAUGGAGGACCUGGGUUUCGUCUGCCGCGAGGGGUCUAACGUAGCGGACUUCCUGACGGGUGUGACUGUUCCCACGGAACGCAAGAUCCGGCCCGGAUAUGAGAACCGAUUCCCUCGAAAUGCCGACAUGCUCCUGACGGAGUAUGAGAAGUCUCCCCUCCGUACUCAAAUGAUGGCAGAAUACGACUACCCCGACUCUGAUCUCGCCCGGGAACGCACCGAGAACUUCGAGAUGGCAAUCUCGCACGACAGGAGCAAGAAGCUGCCGAAGGGCAGCCCGAUGACGGUCGAUUUUGUGCAGCAAGUCAAGGCGUGUAUCGCUCGUCAGUACCAGAUCCUUUGGGGUGAUAAAGCCACUUUUAUCAUCAAACAGGUGUCGACAUUAGCCCAGGCCUUGAUUGCAGGAUCCCUGUUUUACAAUGCGCCCAACAAUUCGGGAGGUCUAUUUGUCAAGUCUGGUGCUCUUUUCUUUUCCUUGCUCUAUAACAGUUUGCUGUCCAUGUCUGAAGUGACCGACUCAUUCAGUGGUCGGCCGGUUUUGGUCAAACAUAAAGGUUUCGCUUUCUUCCACCCCGCUGCUUUUUGUAUCGCUCAGAUCACUGCCGAUAUUCCGGUCCUCCUGUUCCAGAUCAGCAUAUUUUCCCUUGUGGUCUAUUUCAUGGUUGGCCUCACAAUGAGUGCGUCUGGCUUCUUCACUUAUUGGAUCUUGGUUUUUGCUGUGACAAUGGUUAUGACCGCAUUGUUCCGUGCGGUUGGUGCACUCUUCACGACAUUCGAUGGCGCGUCCAAGGUUUCCGGUUUCCUCAUUUCUGCCCUGAUCAUGUACACCGGCUAUAUGAUUACGAAGCCGCAGAUGCAUCCCUGGUUUGGCUGGAUCUACUGGAUUAAUCCCCUUGCAUACGGGUUUGAUGCCCUCCUUUCGAGCGAGUUCCACGGCAAGAUCAUUCCUUGCGUGGCCACCAACCUCAUUCCUUCUGGUCCUGGGUAUGAAAAUGUCCCCGAUCAUCAAUCCUGUGCUGGUGUCGGUGGCGCUAUUCAAGGAAACAACUAUGUGACCGGAGACCAGUACCUGGCUUCACUGUCCUACAGCCACAACCAUGUCUGGCGUAACUUCGGUAUCCUGUGGGCCUGGUGGGUUUUAUUCGUGGCCGUGACCAUCAUUGCCACGUCCCGGUGGAAGGCUGCUUCAGAAAGUGGAAACACGCUUUUGAUUCCACGCGAGAGGUUGGAUAAGCACAACCAGGUUGCCCGCUUCGAUGAAGAGUCCCAGGUAAACGAGAAAGAGAAGAAACGUAACGAUGGCAGCUCUCAGGAGGGUGAUGAUCUGGACAACCAACUGGUCCGCAACACGUCCGUCUUCACCUGGAAAAAUUUGACAUAUACCGUGAAAACGCCCACUGGUGACCGUGUGCUCCUUGAUAAUGUCUACGGUUGGGUCAAGCCUGGCAUGCUAGGUGCCCUGAUGGGUUCCUCUGGCGCUGGAAAGACCACUCUGCUUGAUGUUUUGGCUCAGCGGAAGACUGAAGGAACCAUCCAUGGUUCCAUUAUGGUUGAUGGACGACCCUUGCCAGUUUCCUUCCAGCGCUCUGCAGGCUAUUGUGAACAGCUUGAUGUCCAUGAACCGUUUGCAACCGUGCGUGAAGCUCUGGAGUUCUCUGCCUUGCUCCGUCAGCCACGUGAUGUCCCUGAUGAUGAGAAACUGAAAUAUGUGGAUACCAUCAUCGAGCUUCUGGAAUUGCAUGAUAUCGCUGACACGCUGAUCGGCCGUGUUGGUGCCGGAUUAAGCGUGGAGCAGCGUAAGCGUGUCACCAUUGGUGUGGAACUGGUCUCAAAGCCGAGCAUUCUGAUCUUCCUGGACGAGCCGACGUCAGGUCUUGAUGGUCAAUCUGCAUACAACACUGUCCGUUUCCUACGCAAACUGGCUGAUGUUGGCCAGGCUGUUCUAGUUACGAUUCAUCAACCUUCCGCUCAGCUGUUUGCCGAAUUCGAUACCCUGCUUCUUUUGGCUAGAGGUGGAAAAAUGGUCUACUUCGGUGAUAUUGGUGACAAUGGCCAGACCGUCAAGGACUAUUUCGGCCGUUAUGGUGCUGCAUGCCCACCUAAUGUGAACCCUGCUGAGCAUAUGAUCGAUGUCGUCUCUGGUACUCUCUCGCAGGGUCGUGAUUGGAAUAAGGUCUGGCUGGAGUCUCCAGAGAACCAGCGUUCCAUCCAGGAGCUUGACCGAAUCGUUAGUGACGCUGCAUCAAAGCCCCCUGGUACGUUUGAUGACGGCCGAGAAUUCGCCACGAGCCUUGCGACACAGAUCAUGUUGGUGAGCCAGCGUAUGUGUGUGGCAUUGUACCGGAAUACCGAUUAUGUCAACAAUAAAAUGGCCCUUCAUAUUGGAUCUGCGUUGUUUAACGGCUUCUCUUUUUGGAUGAUCAACGAUUCAGUCCACUCUAUGCAGCUCCGUCUCUUCACCAUUUUCAACUUUAUCUUCGUUGCCCCCGGUGUCAUCAAUCAACUUCAGCCCCUGUUCCUUGAACGUCGAGAUAUCUAUGACGCCCGUGAGAAAAAGUCAAAGAUGUACUCGUGGGUUGCCUUCGUGACCGCUCUGAUUGUAUCGGAAAUCCCCUACCUCUGCCUCUGCGCCGUCUUUUACUUCGCGUGUUGGUACUACACGGUUGGCUUCCCCACCGACUCGAAUAAGUCCGGUGCUGUGUUCUUCGUUAUGUUGAUGUACGAGUUCGUCUAUACUGGAAUCGGCCAAUUCAUCUCCGCCUAUGCGCCGAACGCGAUUUUUGCCUCCCUCAUUAACCCAGUGAUCAUUGGAACCCUCGCCUCUUUCUGUGGUGUCAUGGUUCCCUACCAACAGAUCCAGGCCUUCUGGCGUUACUGGAUCUACUGGAUGAACCCAUUCAACUAUCUUAUGGGCAGCAUGAUGACCUUCACUAUCUUUGACGUGGAGGUGAAAUGCAAGGACUCCGAGUACGCCCUGUUCGAUCCCCCGAAUGGCACCACGUGCGGCGAGUACCUCACCGAGUUUAUGCAGGGCAUGGGCGCCCGCAUGAAUCUGCUCGAUGCGGACGCGACAUCCGGCUGCCGCGUGUGUCAAUAUACCCGGGGUAGCGAUUACCUUCUCAGCGUCAACAUAAAGGAUUACUACUACGGAUGGCGCGAUGCGGCUAUUGUUGCUCUGUUCGCCCUCAGCUCGUAUGCCCUUGUGUAUGUUCUCAUGAAGCUGCGUACCAAGGCCUCGAAGCAGGCGGAGUAAUGUGGCCGGGCCACUAUUGUGGGUGGUGUGAAACACCAUCCCCUUCCCUUCUCUAAUUGCCCCUAUAAUACCUGAUUGUUUGUUGUUCUUUAUAUUCCCCGAACAUAAUUUUGCUGGAUUAGACCAGGGUGGUCGAUAGAUCGCUGCAUUUCUGGUGUUUGCCUUUUGUUUAUGAUAGAUAUACCAAGUGCUAGACGAGCGAUGAGCUGAUGCGCUUCAUGUGAAUAGAACUGAUUGAGUUGAAUUCGUGGGCUUCAUUUAAAGAUGCGUAUGAAGUGUAGUUAUUUUUGUUAUGGUUAACUGAUUCUGCAAAAUUAGUUAUGAAUUAGUCGACGGUCAUCGUAGUCAAGAGUCGAUAUGUCCUCCAGUCUAGCCUUGGGGUAGGCAUCUGAGA